GGUGCUGCCGCAGUGCCGCCCGCCCAGUCCCGGCCUUGGGUAUCCCCCUCCGCCGGCGGCCGCACCUGCUCCCGCCAUGAUGAGCUUCAGCGGCGCGGACGCGCUGCUGGGCGCCCCGUUCGCUCCGCUACAUGGAGGCGGCAGCCUGCACUACGCGCUGGCCCGCAAGGGCGGCGCGGGCGGAGCGCGCUCUGCUGCGGGUUCAUCCAGUGGCUUCCACUCCUGGGCCCGGACAUCCGUGAGCUCCGUGUCGGCCUCCCCGAGCCGCUUCCGAGGCGCAGCAGCCACCUCAAGCACCGACUCGCUAGACACGCUGAGCAACGGACCGGAGGGCUGCGUGGUGGCAGCAGCAGCGGCCCGCAGCGAGAAGGAGCAGCUGCAGGCGCUGAACGACCGCUUCGCGGGCUACAUCGACAAGGUGAGGCAGCUUGAGGCUCACAAUCGCAGCCUGGAAGGCGAGGCGGCGGCCCUGCGGCAGCAGCACGCUGGCCGCGCCGCCAUGGGCGAGCUAUACGAGAGAGAGGUGCGCGAGAUGCGCGGCGCUGUGCUGCGUCUGGGCGCGGCGCGCGGUCAGCUGCGCCUGGAGCAGGAGCACCUGCUGGAAGACAUCGCGCACGUGCGCCAGCGCCUAGACGACGAGGCCCGGCAGCGGGAGGAGGCCGAGGCGGCGGCGCGCGCACUUGCGCGCUUUGCGCAGGAGGCCGAGGCGGCGCGCGUCGAGCUGCAGAAGAAGGCGCAAGCGCUGCAGGAAGAGUGCGGCUACCUGCGGCGUCACCACCAGGAGGAAGUGGGCGAGCUGCUCGGCCAGAUCCAGGGCUGCGGCGCCGCGCAGGCGCAGGCGCAGGCCGAGGCGCGCGACGCCCUGAAGUGCGACGUGACGUCGGCGCUACGCGAGAUCCGCGCGCAACUUGAAGGCCACGCGGUGCAGAGCACCCUGCAGUCGGAGGAGUGGUUCCGAGUGAGGCUGGACCGACUAUCAGAGGCGGCCAAGGUCAAUACAGAUGCCAUGCGCUCAGCACAGGAGGAGAUAACAGAGUAUCGCCGCCAGCUACAGGCCAGGACUACAGAGCUAGAGGCUCUCAAAGGCACCAAGGAGUCACUAGAGAGACAGCGCUCUGAGCUGGAGGACCGUCAUCAGGCUGACAUCGCAUCCUACCAGGAAGCCAUCCAGCAGCUGGAUGCUGAGCUGAGGAACACCAAGUGGGAGAUGGCAGCCCAGCUCCGAGAGUACCAGGACCUGCUCAAUGUCAAGAUGGCUCUGGAUAUUGAGAUUGCUGCUUACAGAAAACUCCUGGAGGGUGAAGAAUGUCGGAUUGGCUUUGGCCCCAGUCCUUUCUCCCUUCCAGAAGGACUUCCCAAAAUCCCCUCUACAUCCACUCACAUAAAGGUCAAAAGUGAAGAGAAGAUCAAGGUGGUAGAAAAAUCAGAGAAGGAAACCGUGAUUUUGGAGGAACAGACAGAAGAGAUCCAAGUGACUGAAGAAGUGACUGAAGAAGAAGAGAAAGAGGCCAAAGAGGAGAAAGGUGAGGAGGAGGAAGCAGAAGGGGGAGAAGAAGAAGCAAAAUCUCCCCCAGAAGAGGCUGCAUCUCCAGAAAAGGAAGAGGCCAAGUCACCAGUUGGAGCCAAGUCCCCAGAGAAGGAGGAAGCUGAGUCCCCAACUGAGGCCAAGUCUCCAGUGAAGGAAGAGGCCAAGUCCCCAGAAAAGGCUAAGUCCCCCAUGAAAGAAGAAGGAAAAUCACCAGCUGAGGCCAAGUCCCCAGCUAAGGAAGAUGCUAAAUCUCCAGCUGAGGUGAAGUCCCCUGAGAAAGCUAAAUCUCCCAUGAAAGAAGAAGCAAAAUCUCCAACUGAGGUCAAGUCCCCAGAGAAGGCCAAGUCCCCAGCUAAGGAAGAGGCCAAGUCCCCUGUGGAGGCCAAGUCACCUGAGAAGGCCAAGUCCCCGGUGAAGGAGGAGGCCAAGUCUCCAGAGAAGGCUAAGUCCCCAGAGAAGGCCAAGUCACCGGUGAAGGAGGAGGCCAAGUCCCCUGAGAAGGCCAAAUCCCCAGUGAAGGAAGAGGCCAAGUCACCUGAGAAGGCCAAGUCCCCAGUGAAGGAGGAGGCCAAAUCCCCAGAGAAGGCUAAGACUCUUGAUGUUAAGUCUCCAGAAGCCAAGACUCCAGCAAAGGAAGAAGUAAGGUCCCCUGCAGACAUCAAAUCUCCUGAAAAGGCAAAAAGCCCUGUCAAGGAAGAGGUCAAGUCCUCAGAGAAGGUCAAAUCUCCUGUGAAAGAAGAGACCAAGGCUCCUGAGAAAGAGGUCACAAAGAAGGAAGAGGCAAAGUCCCCCAUAAAGGAGGAAGAGAAACCCCAAGAAGUGAAAGUCAAAGAGCCCCCAAAGAAGGUAGAGGAUGAGAAAGCCACACCAAAAGCUGAGGAGAAGAAGGACAGCAAAAAAGAUGAGGUGCCAAAGGAGGCUCCAAAACCUGAGGUCCAGGACAAGAAGGAACCGGCUGUGGAGAAACCCAAAGAAUCCAAAGGUGAAGCCAAGAAAGAGGCUGAAGAUAAGAAAAAAGCAGUGACCCUAGAGAAGGAGGCUCCUGCCAAGGUAAAGGAAGAGGCCAAACCCAAAGAGAAGGCUGAGAUGGCUAAGAAGGAGCAAGAUGAUGCCAAGGCCAAAGAACCUAGCAAAGCGGCAGAGAAGGAGCCAGAGAAGCCAAAGAAGGAAGAGACACCGGCAGCACCUGAGAAAAAAGAUGUCAAGGAGGCCAAGAAGCCUGAGGAGAAACCCAAAGCAGAGGCCCAAGCCAAAGAAGAGCCCAGCAAAGAAGCCCCCACACCUGGCAAAGCCAAGACAGAAAAGGCUGAGAAAUCCUCUAGCACAGACCACAAGGACAGCAGGCCUGCAGAGAAGGCCACGGAAGACAAGGCUUCCAAGGCGGAGAAAUAAGGCAGGAGAAAGGACUCCGAACAGCCAAAGAAACUUAGGAGGGCCCAGGAGCUCAAGGGUCAACAUAACAAAUUUUCAUUUUUCUCUCCCUUUCUUUAUAUAAGAAGAAACUUUGCUUAGGUGAUGGGGCCCUCCUUCACCAAACAGGAAUUUCUAUUAGCAAUAGGUUAGCAAGAGAGGGUAUUCCCAGUCCCCGGCCCUACACCCCGAACCCUCUGCAGUCGAUGGACAGUUAUGUUAUGAUAGCUUAUGUAGCCGAAUGUGAUAUAUGCCGAAUGCCAUAUGUAAACACUUGACUAUAAAAACUGACCCCCUCCUUUCCAAAUAAGUGCAUUUAUUACCUGUAUGUGCAAUUGACAGAUGAUCGCAAUAAUGAAUGAGCAGUUAGAAACACAUUAUGCUUGAGAUGUCUUAACCUAUUCCUGAAUGCCUUCUGUUUUCCAAAGGAGUGGCUGAGCCCUUGCCCAGAGCUCUCUAUCCUGGAAGAGCUGGAGCAGGUGGGGCUGGGCACUGGCCACUGAAUCAUGCCAGGGCGCACUUUUCCACUGAAGUCCACUUUCAAUUGCUUCUGUGCAAUAAAACCAAGUGCUUAUAAAAUGAA